CUUGCAGAGCAGGGGAAAGAGAGAGAAACGCAGAGAAGAGGACAAGGGAGAGAAAGAGCAAGAAGAAAGAGAAUGAUGUCUGCUGAAAAGGCACUUCUUCCUCGCUGAGACACCAUGGGCUGCAUUGGCUCCCGCACUAUCAGUCUGCCACAUGGAGUUGGACAGAGGCUCCUCUGCAUUCUGGGCAAGAACACCUGCCAGACCCAAUUGUUGUGUGGUUCAUUUGAUGUUCCUUGCUGUUCCUGCUAGUGGCACAUGGCUAUCCUCCCUUCUGUCAUGAUAGGCAGGAAGAUGACAAGUUCUGCACAAGGAUUGCAAGCGGCAGACGCAGUCCCUGUAAGGAAAGAUGGGGAGCAGCAUGGGCGUGCCGAGUUUUCCUGGGAAGGAAUCAACCUCUCUAUGGAGGACACCACCUCCAUCUUACCCCGUCUGAAGCGUAACUCCAAUGCCUAUGGGAUUGGAGCUCUGGCUAAGUCCUCUCUGUCAGGUGUGUCAGGUGUGACCCGGUCUAUGAAGGACAAGGUAACAAAACCUACUGCUAUGGCUCAAGGCCGUGUGGCCCAUAUGAUUGAGUGGCAGAGUUGGGGAAAGCCAUCAGCUGGGCCAGUCGGGGGAGCAGGUCACUUCAACCUACACCGUGAGAGGGAAAGAAGACUGGAAAACGAUGCUUACAGUGAUCUAAGUGAUGGAGAGAAGGAGGCACGAAUGGCUGCUGGUGUGAUGCAGCAGUUUGCUAUCUCUGAGGCUACACUCUUGGCAUGGAACUCUAUGGAUGGAGAAAGUCUCUGUGCUGAUUCCAACCAAGGCAGUGUGGCCCAUCUCAGUGAAGUCAACCAAGAGAGCAUCACCAGCAGAGAUCAGGUAUUGCAUCACUCCUCUGCAGAAGUGUGGCCUCACACCUACGUCUCCCAAGGUCUCUACUGCCUCUCCUCCUCUGAUGCCUGGGAGCCAAUCAGUAAUGAGCCUUCAGGCAUGGCCUCUCCUGCUGCUGGCUCCUACAUAUUGGCAGGCGGAGCUGCAGGAGAGGGCUAUGAUGGCUCCGCCCACUAUCUGUCCCAGCAGCAGCAGCAGCUGACAAUGCAGCAGCAGAACCAUUUACAGCAGUUGCAGCAGAUCCAGCAGUACCAGCAGCAACAACUACUGCAGUACCAACAACAGUCACUGGAACAUCGACUAAACAGCACCUCCCACUCUUUGCAAGCCACACCCAACAGCACCAUUCAUAGUUCGGGCCCACCCACUCACCCACGUUUGGCUGAUUUAUGGGCAGCAGCUCAGGUGGAGCCCCAUCAGGUGGAAAUGAUGGGACACAUGGGUGUAACCUUGGCAGAAAUGGGCAUGCCAGAAUCAUAUGGGGAGGAAUUAGUUACAGAAAAUGAAUGCAUCCUUGAGCAGCAAGAAGAGGAGGAAGCCAAGGAGGAUGACAUCACAUUAACACUUGAACCUGAGCCGAUAUCGGUAACCCCCGUUCUGACCCCUCCAGCUCCUAGAGAGGCCUCCACUCCACCUGGAAGUGUAAGCCCAGCACAGGCACCAGCAGAGCCACUGGCUGAGCACAUGGCCUUUGAGGUCACAUCCAGCGUCGUCCAAUCCCUGGAAGAGAAGGAAGAGGAGGUGAAAGAGGCUGUGGUCAUUGUGGCAACUAACUGAUAGCUACAAUUACAACACAGCUAUAGAGUUACUGAAAGGAAAUAAAUAAAAAUAAAAAUAAAAAUGGAACUAUCAUACUGAAAUAAUCAACUAAUUAAGCUAUGUAUACCCACCCCCUCCCAAGGUGUAUUCCUUUUUCGUCCAACAAACUUGAUGAAGGACUUGAUUCACUAAUAUAUGCGUUAAUAAAAUAUGAUGGAGGACAUAAUAGAAUGAGCUCCUGUAAUGCAGCAGCAUUCAGACAGACACUAUGAAGUGGAGAUCUGUGAUGUGUUUCCAGAGAACCCUGCAGUUUUAUGACCAGGGAGAGCAAAAAGGAAAAAGACUCUGAGGACACUUACAAAAGAAAUUACAGAGUGCAAUACUGAGAUAUCAAGACAACCAAAAGAAAAUGCAUGCGUUUUGAAUAUUUAAAUGACUGAAUUAUCAGUAUACAUAUAGUAAUAAAAUUCCAUUGAUUUUUGUAAUGAAAUUAAACGCCAAUAAACGGAUAUGUAUUUGUAUGUACGUACAAUAUGUAUGUUUGUAUGUAUGCGUGUAUGUUUGUAUGAAUGUAUGAAUGUAUGUAUAAAAGCAUAAUUGUGUAAAACUUAUUAUCAAUUCGCCAUUUGGCAAUAA